GACUUCGCGGGGAGGGGCGCAGCAGCGACUGGGGGGCUGCGGGCGCCAGGGCUCGCUAGUAUUGCACACGAAGCUAAUCAGAGAAGAGCCUAGCAGAGCAGGGCUCAGCCCGAGCCACCCUUUGUCUGGGUUGGGGGCCCGUGGCAGGGAGGAUCAGGGAUCUGAGGGGAGGGACUGGGACAGGACGGAAGGGUCCGGAGCUGCGGCCACCACAGCGGAGCCAAUUUGGUAGUGGGGUGAGUGUGUUAGGGGGGAAAAGCAAAUCUACGAAGCCACUGUAGGGCAUGGGGCCUGUCCCAGGCUGUGGGGAGGAAAGGAGCGAGAAAGAACCUGGGAGGCUUAGCAGGGGUUGGGGGAUCGUCCAGACAAGGAGUCCAGGAGCUAAGGGUCCAGCUGAGCCCAAGAGCUGCACGGAAUGGUGGCAGUCACCUUGCCAGUGCAGCGGGCAUGGACCAGACAGCAAGCUAAGGGAGCAAGACAUCAGUCAGGAAGAGGGGACAUACAACUAGACUUGAGGCCUCUUGAUCGUGAUGUCACCAGGCCCCCCAGCCCAGGCCCAGCAUAAAGGCCGUGUUGGGGGGCCCCCCUGACCCAAGGUGGGCUUCAUGCGCCACGUGCAGGCGGAGCCGUCUCCAUCCUCAGAGCCAGAGGCUGGCCCUUCACAGCCUCCAGUCACACAGGGGGCCCUCCAGGGUGGCCUGCUCAUGGGCUACAGCCCAGCAGGGGGGGCAGCAUCCCCCAGGGUCUACCAGGUAUCCAUCUUUUCUCCUCCAGCUGGUACCUCUGAGUCUCAUAGGGCUCUGAAGCGGCCAGCCCCGCCCACUGAGGGUUCCCGGGAGACCAAGAGAGGCCCUGGUCUCGGGACGAGAGAGGGACUGCACCCUGAAGAACCAUCUGCUGUGGGGCUGUUGGGCCCAGAGGGACUGGGGCUGGGACUAGGUGUGGCCAGCCAGCAUUUCUCCCACCAUGGCCUCUGUGUUGUGGAACAGGGAGGUAGUGCCAUCUCACCUUGGACUUCAGGGCCCCGAAGUCCCUCCUGUCCCCCAUCAAAUGCUUCCUGCAAUACUUUGCACACCAGAGACUGGGCUUCCCCAGAUCCAGGGGGACAGGGGUCCCUGGGGGAGUCUCCAGGGUCAGCCCCUUCAGGCCAGCUGCACACACUUGACACUGAUUUGCACAGUCUUGCACAAAUAGGGGGUAAGAGCCCAGUGGCUAGGGUGGGCAAUGGGGGCAGUCCCUGGCCUAGGGAGUCCCCUGGCACUGCCAAUGGGCACAGUCCCGAGCACACACCCCCUGGCCCCGGACCUCCAGGCCCCUGCCCCACCAAGCGAAGGCUGCUUCCUGCUGGAGAAGCCCUAGAUGUCAGCUCUGAGGAUGAGGGGCCAGCCCCUCGGAGGCGCCGGGGAACCCUGGGCCACCCUUCUGCUGCCAACAGUUCUGAUGCCAAAGCCACACCCUUCUGGAACCACCUGCUGCCUGGGCCCAAGGAGCCUGUUUUGGACCCGAAAGAUUGUGGUCCCAUGGCACGGAGGCUGAAAGGUGCCCGCCGUCUGAAGCCGAGCUCCCUUCGAAGCCUCCGAAAGGGCCCAGGCCUGCUGAGCGCCCCCAGUGCCUCCCCCGUUCCUACCCCUGCCAUCAGCCGUACCCUGCUGGGCAACUUUGAGGAAUCAUUGCUUCGAGGACGCUUUGCACCAUCUGGCCACAUUGAGGGCUUCACAGCAGAGAUUGGAGCUAGUGGGUCCUACUGCCCCCAGCAUGUCACGUUGCCUGUCACUGUCACCUUCUUUGAUGUUUCUGAGCAAAAUGCCCCGGCCCCCUUCCUGGGUGUCGUGGACCUGAACUCCCUGGGGAGGAAGGGUUACAGUGUGCCCAAGGUGGGCACCAUCCAAGUGACCUUAUUUAACCCCAACCAGACUGUCGUGAAGAUGUUCCUCGUGACCUUUGACUUCUCGGACAUGCCUGCUGCCCACAUGACCUUCUUGCGCCAUCGCCUCUUUUUGGUGCCUGUGGGUGAGGAGGGAAAUGCUAGUUCCACCCACCGCCUCCUCUGCUACUUGCUACACCUCAGGUUCCAGAGCUCCCGCUCAGGCCGCUUAAGCCUGCAUGGAGAUAUCCGCCUGCUUUUUUCCCGCCGGAGCCUGGAACUGGACACAGGUCUCCCCUAUGAACUGCAGGCUGUGACUGAGGCCCCUCACAAUCCACGUUACUCACCUUUGCCCUGAUUGCCAGUGCUCUGAACCUAGGUGGGCCAACAGCUUGCCCAUCCUGGACAGAGUAAACAUGCGGAGAGAUGGCAAGAUCCCCUUAAGGCUUGUUGAAAUCCUUGCCACACUCAUGCCCAAACUGAUGAUUUGGGUGUGUGAAGCUUCUGAUCCUUUCACACCCUGCCCUACUCCGGGUACUCCAUGUGCCUGUCCCCUUCCUUGGGUUUUCCAGGCCAGCUUACGUAGUAGGGAAAAACCAGAGCUACCCUGAGAUUGUCCCAAGUUCCCAGGCAAGUCAUGCCAGCGCUGCCUCCCUGUCCUGGGCCAGGGACCACUUAUUAUUUUAUUUAUUUUUUAAUUUAUAAUUUAUUCAAAUUGGAUUGCCUUGGUAACCUCCCAAACCUGAUAAUUGGCAUCGCCCCUCCUUUCCCACUCUCAGAUAUUGCUCCAACCUCAGGAGUUGAAGAGGCUGACGUGGGGGCAGGGAGAGAACUGCUGUCACUCAGCUGGGGGCAGAGGGGUUACUCUGGAGGGACUGAGUCACUAGCCAAAGACUCAGCUUCCCCUGUCCUUCCCUAUUCCCUCCAUUCUCCCUACCUUCUAACCCAUCUUUGAAAGCCAACUUUGUGUGUGUGUGUGUGCACGUGUAUGUGUGUGCAUGAGCACAAGCUCAUGUUUGUGUGAUAUGUGUGAGAGAAAGCGUGCAUGUGUGCACACACACAGGGGUUAACCACCCUUUACCUAGGGCUCCAGACUCAGUUAUCCCCCUUCUCCUGCCUGUGUUUCUUUGCUUUGGGGUCCUGACGAGGAAGGUGACCAGAGGCAGAGUCAGGGCCAAGGACUGGGGUGCCUCCUUUCACCUGGCCAGACUCUGACCCACCUACCUCAGCUGGGGUGAGGGGCACCCCUCAAACUCAGUUAUGUGGUUCCCAACUACCCCAUUCCCCUCUUCAGACUCUACCAAGCCUUAGCCCUGGACUCCUGGGGCUAAGCUGAGGGGAACAAACACUUUCUGAAACUUGAAGAAA